UCAGCUUCAGGUGUUUGUUUGACAACAACAAGCGUGUGUUGACAGCCGGCAAAACAAAACACGUGCAGUUUGUUUUAAACACAUGAUUUACAGAUGACAGCUCAGCGACAGACUCUUAAUGUGUUUAAACAGCACAUAUUAAAGCUCAGCAGCAAAUUAAAGCUGCAGACUCUGUGAUAAAGUGCAGGAAUCAAGUGAAGAGACUCACCUGAUGAAGGAUGUGUUUGGAGUGAACAGAAGCAGAGCUCUGGGACAUUUGGACAGCCGUGGACUGUAAUGGUGGACUUCUGCUGAUGGACAGGUUGGAGGUUAACUCUGGAAAGUGGAUCUUCAGGAUCAGGAUUAAACAACAGCUUUAGAAAAAAAGUCUGCAUUUGUUCUUCAGUUUUCAUGUGUUGAUGCAGAACCACUCUUUGUCCACAAGAUGGAGCUAAAACACUGCUCUGAUCUCAUGCGCCUCUAAAUAAAUCCGCCAUUAAACACCAAUAAAUAUUUAGUAGUCAACAUAUUAAAUUAAUUGAUAGGAAUUUACAUUUUAAACCAGAUUUUAUUUGUUCAGACAUGCUGUAUGCACAGUCAAAAUCGUCUAUAAAUGCUGCUUGCAUUUGCUAACAGUGAUAUAAAAACUAAAUAAAUAUUUACAAUAAGUCAACAUCACUUAAAAAAAGAAGCAAAAUAAAUAAAGUUGACACAGAGACAGACUAAAAGAGUCUCCUGUUUUGUGUUUACACUUGAGGCUUGUGUCAUUUAGCAUUAUCUUACCACGUCAGGUUCAGAUCCUGAAUUAAUCAUGGAUUAGUUUGCAUAUGAAAAUGAACCCCUAUGCUAUUUACUUACGACUUAUAAUAAAUUAAGUUACACGGACGCAUUUAAAGUCAUUUUGAUAUGUUAAGUCUGACACAUUUAAACAGCACAGUAAUGCUAGCAGACUGAGGAACUACACAGAAGCGGACAUGCCGUUCUACAUCCGCUCCACCAGGCGGCGCGAGCGACUCCACGUUCAGUCUGACUCUCAGCUUCAGGUGUUUGUUUGACAACAACAAGCGUGUGUUGACAGCCGGAAAAACAAAACACGUGCAGUUUGUUUCAAACACAUGAUUUACAGAUGACAGCUCAGCGAGAGACUUUUAAUGUGUUUAAACAGCACAUAUUAAAGCUCAGCAGCAAAUUAAAGCAGCAGACUCUGUGAUAAAGUGCAGGAAUCAAGUGAAGAGACUCACCUGAUGAAGGAUGUGUUUGGAGUGAACAGAAGCAGAGCUCUGGGACAUUUGGACAGCCGUGGACUGUAAUGGUGGACUUCUGCUGAUGGACAGGUUGGAGGUUAACUCUGGAAAGUGGAUCUUCAGGAUCAGGAUUAAACAACAGCUUUAGAAAAAAAGUCUGCAUUUGUUCUUCAGUUUUCAUGUGUUGAUGCAGAACCACUCUUUGUCCACAAGAUGGAGCUAAAACACUGCUCUGAUCUCAUGCGCCUCUAAAUAAAUCCGCCAUUAAACACCAAUAAAUAUUUAGUAGUCAACAUAUUAAAUUAAUUGAUAGGAAUUUACAUUUUAAACCAGAUUUUAUUUGUUCAGACAUGCUGUAUGCACAGUCAAAAUCGUCUAUAAAUGCUGCUUGCAUUUGCUAACAGUGAUAUAAAAACUAAAUAAAUAUUUACAAUAAGUCAACAUCACUUAAAAAAAGAAGCAAAAUAAAUAAAGUUGACACAGAGACAGACUAAAAGAGUCUCCUGUUUUGUGUUUACACUUGAGGCUUGUGUCAUUUAGCAUUAUCUUACCACGUCAGGUUCAGAUCCUGAAUUAAUCAUGGAUUAGUUUGCAUAUGAAAAUGAACCCCUAUGCUAUUUACUUACGACUUAUAAUAAAUUAAGUUACACGGACGCAUUUAAAGUCAUUUUGAUAUGUUAAGUCUGACACAUUUAAACAGCACAGUAAUGCUAGCAGACUGAGGAACUACACAGAAGCGGACAUGCCGUUCUACAUCCGCUCCACCAGGCGGCGCGAGCGACUCCACGUUCAGUCUGACUCUCAGCUUCAGGUGUUUGUUUGACAACAACAAGCGUGUGUUGACAGCCGGAAAAACAAAACACGUGCAGUUUGUUUCAAACACAUGAUUUACAGAUGACAGCUCAGCGAGAGACUUUUAAUGUGUUUAAACAGCACAUAUUAAAGCUCAGCAGCAAAUUAAAGCAGCAGACUCUGUGAUAAAGUGCAGGAAUCAAGUGAAGAGACUCACCUGAUGAAGGAUGUGUUUGGAGUGAACAGAAGCAGAGCUCUGGGACAUUUGGACAGCCGUGGACUGUAAUGGUGGACUUCUGCUGAUGGACAGGUUGGAGGUUAACUCUGGAAAGUGGAUCUUCAGGAUCAGGAUUAAACAACAGCUUUAGAAAAAAAGUCUGCAUUUGUUCUUCAGUUUUCAUGUGUUGAUGCAGAACCACUCUUUGUCCACAAGAUGGAGCUAAAACACUGCUCUGAUCUCAUGCGCCUCUAAAUAAAUCCGCCAUUAAACACCAAUAAAUAUUUAGUAGUCAACAUAUUAAAUUAAUUGAUAGGAAUUUACAUUUUAAACCAGAUUUUAUUUGUUCAGACAUGCUGUAUGCACAGUCAAAAUCGUCUAUAAAUGCUGCUUGCAUUUGCUAACAGUGAUAUAAAAACUAAAUAAAUAUUUACAAUAAGUCAACAUCACUUAAAAAAAGAAGCAAAAUAAAUAAAGUUGACACAGAGACAGACUAAAAGAGUCUCCUGUUUUGUGUUUACACUUGAGGCUUGUGUCAUUUAGCAUUAUCUUACCACGUCAGGUUCAGAUCCUGAAUUAAUCAUGGAUUAGUUUGCAUAUGAAAAUGAACCCCUAUGCUAUUUACUUACGACUUAUAAUAAAUUAAGUUACACGGACGCAUUUAAAGUCAUUUUGAUAUGUUAAGUCUGACACAUUUAAACAGCACAGUAAUGCUAGCAGACUGAGGAACUACACAGAAGCGGACAUGCCGUUCUACAUCCGCUCCACCAGGCGGCGCGAGCGACUCCACGUUCAGUCUGACUCUCAGCUUCAGGUGUUUGUUUGACAACAACAAGCGUGUGUUGACAGCCGGAAAAACAAAACACGUGCAGUUUGUUUCAAACACAUGAUUUACAGAUGACAGCUCAGCGAGAGACUUUUAAUGUGUUUAAACAGCACAUAUUAAAGCUCAGCAGCAAAUUAAAGCAGCAGACUCUGUGAUAAAGUGCAGGAAUCAAGUGAAGAGACUCACCUGAUGAAGGAUGUGUUUGGAGUGAACAGAAGCAGAGCUCUGGGACAUUUGGACAGCCGUGGACUGUAAUGGUGGACUUCUGCUGAUGGACAGGCUUGCUAUAGCUGAAACACAGAGACAGUUUGAAGGCCAUAGCCUUGACUUCAGGUUAUCGCUAGACAGAAUGAAGUGGAGGACCCUUCAUACACCAGACAGCAGGAGGGAUUCAUUAACUCACCUCGACUUGAACAGCAUGCUUGCUAUAGCUGAAGCACAGAGACAGUUUGAAGGCCAUAGCCUUGACUUCAGGUUAUCGCUAGACAGAAUGAAGUGGAGGACCCUUCAUACACCAGACAGCAGGAGGGAUUCAUUAACUCACCUCGACUUGAACAGCAUGCUUGCUAUAGCUGAAACACAGAGACAGCUUGAAGGCCAUAGCCUUGACUUCAGGUUAUCGCUAGACAGAAUGAAGUGGAGGACCCUUCAUACACCAGACAGCAGGAGGGAUUCAUUAACUCACCUCGACUUGAACAGCAUUGCGAUGCCAGCAGGAGGACAGGACAGAUGCCGGGCUCUUGCUCUCCAGCCCGGGGAGAGCUCACCCAGUGAUGACCUAUAGGUUUACCUACUUUGAGUGUUUACUCAGCCUUUCACCAUGAGCUCCUUCGCUGGCCGUAUGAAGGAGUAUCCCAGCAUCUCCUUGGACCGCUUUGACAGGGAGAAUCUGCACGCCAGAGCUUAUUUCCUCUCUCACUGCCAUAAAGGUGCAUUUAUAAGUGAUAUUGGAUAUUACAUUACUCGAGGACUCCCCAGACAGAGUGAGAGGAUAAUAGGGUUUGCGUACACUUCUUUUAUGACAUGUACCUGUGUGUUUACUUGUUUAACAGAUCAUAUGAAAGGGUUGAAAGGACCUUUACUGAAGAGAAAACUCAAGUUCAGUUUAACCGUCAAGCUGUACUGCUCAUACGUCACAAAGGAGCUUCUGCUUAGUAACCCCAGAUAUGCAUUCUGGGAAGAUCAUAUCGUCCCUUUGGAACUUGACAGUCCAACCAGCAUAUCUCUCAUAGAUGAAAGCACAGGAGAGACAGAGGAUGUGGUGGUUACUCUGCUUUCAGCGGGACACUGUCCAGGAUCAGUCAUGUUUCUCUUCGAGGGUGCAAAGGGAACAGUGCUUUACACAGGAGACUUCAGACUGGCUGUCGGAGAUGCAGCGAGAAUGGAGUACUUGCACUCUGGAGACAGGGUAAAGGACAUUCAGAGUGUGUACAUCGACACCACAUUCUUUGAUCCCAAGUACUAUCAGAUUCCUAGCAGGGAGGCUUGUUUGGCUGGGAUACAGCAGCUGGUCCAGGACUGGAUCUGUCAGAGUCCGUAUCAUGUUGUUUGGUUAAACUGUAAGGCAGCGUAUGGUUAUGAGUACCUCUUUACCAACUUAGGACAGGAGUUCAACUCACAGAUACAUGUGAACAGCUUGGACAUGUUUAAAAAAAUGCCUGAAAUUCUGUGUCACGUGACCACCAACCGUGCAACGCAGAUCCACGCUUGUCGCCACCCGAAGGAUGAGGAGUUCUUCAGAGCGAACAGGUUACCCUGCGGCUCUACGGCUCCAGAUGGCAUUCCUCUGAACAUCAUCAGCAUCAAACCCUCCACGAUAUGGUUUGGAGAACGGACCAGAAAGACUUCAGUUGUGGUGAAGAUGGGUAGCAGUUCCUACAGAGCAUGCUUUUCUUUUCAUUCCUCAUACUUGGAGGUUAAGGACUUCCUGUCUUACAUCUGUCCUGUUAACAUCUACCCAAACGUCAUUCCCUUGGGCAAGACUGUGGAGGACCUCACAGAGCUGUUGAAGCCACUGUGUAGAAAACAUUGUGGACGAGAGGAGAUUGUCUAUAAACCACUCGGGGCUCUCAAGAGAACGAGAAAGAGAAGCACAUCAGAAGGCUCAGACAGUGAUGGCGACCUGUUUGAGGAGGUUUCAACAGCUCCAAGGCGGCGCAAGAUUACAGUGUCUGACCUGACCACAGUUGCCAUAAGAGUACGGCCUCACAGCGCUAAUGCAGACUCGCACGAUAAUGACCAAACAUAUUCCCUCAUAAAGCUUUGUCCGUCUGCACACACAUCCAACUAUAUGGACUGCACUGAAUCAAACGAUGAUGAUGAUGAUGAAGAUGAUGCAGCCGAACAAACUCCUGCUGCAGCUCCUCCUCCAUCUUCCACAGAAAAGCCAUGUUCAAAACACACUCAUUCAGACUCCUCACUAACCAGUUCUACUCAGCCCUGUUGGGAAAAGUUCUUCAAGGCAGAAGUGGUGCUGACGGACGAGAGUGAGUUGGAGAACAGUCAGAACACACAAACGCUCUCCACUGAAAACACAGCGUCUCAAUCACCAGAGCUCUUUCAGGAUGAAGAUGAAGACAGCUCCGUUCACAUGAGCUCCUCUCAGUCUACUCAUAUAUCAGACGCAGGGACUGAAAGCCUGAGUCAAGUAGACACGAUCAUGGUUCAAGAGGACCACAGUAAGGCCUGUAACCUCCAACACAAGACUGAAGAAGCAGCGGAGCUCAAAUCAGACUCGCAAGUUUCAUCUGACUUUGAGCUUCCACCGACUCCAGGAUCUAAAGUCCCACAGCCUGAAGACCUGAAGGAGCUGUACAGGAAGUUGGCAGCAGGAGAGGACGUUGUUGCAAGACAGAUUUUUUGAGUGCUAAUUUUUUUGGGGGGUUUGUUUCCCAACCCUGUUCCUGAAGGCACACCAACAGUACACAUUUUCAACCUCUCCCUAAUCAAACACACCUGAAUCAACUCAUCAGAACAUUAGAAGAGACUCAAAACCUGAAGUUAAUGGAUCAGAUAAGGGAGACAUCUAAAAUAUGUACUGUUGGUGUUCCUCCAGGAACAGGGUUGGGAAACACUAUGUUAGACAACACUUUACCUCAUGCAGUUUUGUACCUUUUGCAGUUUUGUAAAAGCUCAGUGCUUUAAGCAAAUUAAUUAAAAGUCUGAAGGAAAUGUUUUCAGUCUUACGAUUAAAUAAGAUCAUUUCAACUGAACAACAUUUGGUUUUGUGAUUGUUUUGGAACAUGCGUCUCACACUGGAUUCCUGGAGGGCUGCAUGAAUUGCACAGUUUUGCUCCAACCACAGUCACCACAAUCAAACACAGCUGAUGCAACUAAUCAAGGUGUUCAACGCUACUGGACACUAUUACACAGGUGUGAGUUGGAGGUGGAUGGAGCUGAACUAUGCAGAGCUUCUGGAUUCCCUCCUGGAAUUGAGUUUGAGACCACUGAUAUAGAACUUCAGAUUGAGUUGCCUAUGGGAGAAAUGACUAGGAAUAAUAAAAUGGUCAAACUACUUCCUCUACAAACUAACAUUUUCGUACUGUACGGACAAAGUAGAAUAAAAUAAUGAGAAAUCAUCAGUUUGCAACAUC